CUCACAGUUAGUGGCUUGAAAACUUUUUAAAAGCUCUUGCAGCGCUUCAAGUUAGGAUGAAAAAGGGGUUUUUGUUUUGUUCUGUUUUUUAAAUGAGUUCUCAGCACUUUUCUUUCAGGAAAGGGGGGAGGAAAGGACGUCACAAGACAAAAGAGCAGGGGACUUUUAAAGUUUAAAUAGACAGGUUGGGUGCCUGAAGAAGUUUCUGCCUUUUGAGUUUUAACCCUCUGAGGAACUUUGUUUGACUUUCUUCACUGCUGACAAGCAAGGUAAGGAUGGAAAAGGGUUUGGGUUUGAGCGGGGGUUUUUAACUUCAAGUUAGUUCCAAGCAAAUCUUUUCAGAGGACUGUGAAUACCUCAGACUUUAAAGAAAUGAAUAUUUUAAGUGCAAGAGUUUUAUUACUCUUCUUAAAAAAAAAUAAAUCCUGUUACAGCUGCAAGGACUCCUCUGGGUGUCCCUCUCUGGGGGCACAUUUUAAAUGUACCAGAAUUUUAUCAGAGAAAUGUACUUGAGGAGAGAUAUCAUUUAUUUCAGUUGAUUUAGGUGCUUCCUUUUCACACUGUAACAUUUUAUUUGCCAGGUUUUUCCAUCUCGUUUACCAAGGGAGCCUGUUUUAUUGUACCUCACCGCAUAUAACAAAAGAAAUUCUUUCUCUGGAGAGAGCAUCCAACUUUGGGGCACAGUAAUCACACCACAACAGUAUUGUGAUCUCUCAGUUGCUUUGAAAGGGUCACCAAGUUAAGGCAGUUAGAUCCUACCUCAAGUAUUUCCAAGUACCCCCUCUCAACACACGCGUACACACAUUUCACUUUCAUAUGGAAAUCAUGGCUUGUCUUUAAUAGUUCAUACAAUGCAAGGUCCUUAAUUAGGGGCUUUGUUCAAAUGCUGCAUGGGCUUCUGUUAACUCGUAACGGGAUGUCUUUCAGGCGGCCUUUGCUUAUUUCCUCCUUAUUUUCUAUUUUGAACAAUUGAGCUAAAAAUUGAGGGGAUUUCAAGGGAAUCUGUACAGUUAGUGUUCAACCCCAGAUGUGGACUGUGUGGAAGGGAUCUUAUAUCACCGCAGACUGGCAAUGCUUGCGAAACCUUUUGGUUACUCUAGACUGAAAUUGCGUAUUACCAAAGUCUUUCAGAGAAUAUGGUCUCUGUCUGCAUCAAGCUACAUUCCUUGCAACCUCUUAUGAAAACCAUAGUGUAGGAUUGGAAAGGAAAGAGUCUUGGGAUCUACCCUGAAGCUGGUUUUUUUCCUUUUGAAGGUAUAGCGGGGCGGCUCUCAGAGUCCCUGCUAUGAGUAAGCUUCUUGUCAGGAAGGGAAGAACUAAUUCAAGGCAACAAAAGUGGAUUUUUAACAUCACUUUCCCCCCCUUUCAACUUUCGCACACUUUUAUGCCCAGUUUCACCUCUCCGAUCAGGUUCUGCUGUCGUAUACAUUGCUAGUCCUUCAGUCUGGUGCAUUGUGUUUUAGAAGCAGAAGAAUGUUCACAGAGAGAUUUGUUAACGCCAACAAGGUCAACCAAUAGAGGAACAUGUCUCUGUGAUUUCAGAAAUCUGUUUGUUUCUCAGGGAGGAAGGAGCUGGGGGGGGGGGGCGGGAGAGAGAAGGAGCUGACCUGCCUUGAGCUUCCAUUCAGCCAUAUUAACAUCUGGAGUUUUGAAGCCUCCAGACUUUGAAACUGUUUACAGUAAUGUUUGCUGGAGGUUGGGGGGGGGGGGGUUGGCCAUGUUCAAAGCUAAACAUUGGCGCUGAGCCAUGAUACCUAACUAGAAUACAAAUGGGAGAAGGAUGAACAGGCGGAAUUUGAAAGGGUCAAGGGGAGAUGAUGGGAAAAAAUCUGAGAUUUUAAGAAUAAUGCACUCUGUACCAACCAUGAUAAAGCAGCAAUCAUUAGCAAUUAUUGUUCAGCACUUUUAAGCGUGCAAAAGAACUGUACUGUUCAUCCUUUCAGAGAAGCUCUAUGAAGUGGGAUGCUUCCCAUUUUAUAUGACGGGGUGGAAAGUGAGCCUUACGGAAAAGCAAUCUUAGAGAGUGGUUAAGUGAGCAAAGAAGCAAAGGGGCCUAUGUAUCUUUGCUCAGAAUUUAUUUCAGGGAGAUGUGCAGCACAAUCCUCCUGUAUUUAAUGGGUCUUCCUUGGUGAGUGUCUUGCUGAUAUAACUUUGCAGUAGAAAUGAGCUCAGAAUUGCAGUCUGACUCCCCAUAUCCUACACAGUCAGUCCCACAGAGUCAAGUGGUUUACUCAGAGUUACUACUGCUUAAAGAUGCACGCACUCAAACAGAUGCCAAUCAAGUAAACGCAGAGCUCCAUCCAGCAGACAAUGGCUCUCCUAUCUGGCCUGAAAAACAAGCUGUUUUUCAAGGAAAUGCUCUUUGGGGUUGAGUAGAAAGGCACUUGCAUGGAUGACAUCUGUUCACCACCAAGUAAUAUUUCUGAGUAAACAUGCUUAGAUUGGGCUAUCUGAUAUGUUGUUUGCAGGCAUUUUUAUGAAUGAUUACAGGGCUUCCUUAGCUGUUGACCUCAGUACCACAGUUGAAACUCCUCAUGCUGCUUUUGCUCCUUGCAUUUGACUCUCCCUGCAUCUAACAAAGGAGCUUGGCGCCUUAUGCCUUAAUCUUCAAGGUGUUAGCUGGACUCCCUGUUGAUCUCAUGCUUUGGUAAAAGUGUGGAAAAAAACCUUGCUCUCAGUUAUUGGACAGACCUUGGAGAUUCAACUUUGGGACUAAAGAAGGGGAAGAGCCUUAUUGUCCCAUUUCUCUGCAUACUGAUUUUGGUCCCAAAUGUAGUCCCUUUAGUGAUUGAUUGCAUUUCUUUUUAUCUCACCUUGAUCCAAAGAGAUCAGGAGGUAUGCAAGGUUCCUUAUCUCCCAUUGAAUAUUCACAACAAACUUGAUGGGUAGUUCAGGCUGACAGAAGGUGACUGGCCCAAGGACACCCAGUGUUCUUUGUAGUUCAAAUGGGAUUUGAACCUGAGUCUGUGCAGCCCAAGCACACUGCUGUAACCACUGCAGCCCACUGCCUCUGUAGUGAAAUCCUACACAUUUAAGACCCUUAGUGUCUCAGCUGGAGCUGGGUUUGUAGCCUUGUUGGACAGUAGGAAAGGCAUUUUGGGUCCUUAGAUAUUUUAAAAAAAAACCCCAACAACUGUAGAUCUAGGCAAAAUGUCUUUUCCGGCUUGCAUGUGAAAUUUUCUGCUAUUUUUCUCUGCUCACCAGAUUUUCCAUAUCCAGCCUGGUCCUCGUUGGUAAAUCACUACCCAUAUCUUUUCUUAAGCAGUUCUCAUGCAAUUUCUGACCCUCUCUUUAUUGUGUCCUGGUUACUCUUUGGAAAUGCCUACAUCUCACAUGCUUGUACUCUGUUAGAAUUCCAACAGGUAGCUGGCUGAAAGCACAAGUAGUCCCAGUUUUUUCUGUAGGAUUUCAUGUGAACCAAAGAACUAGCCAGCCAACUGCAAUAUGCGCACAUGCUCCCCACCACAAUCCCACAGGACCAUGACAAAUCCUUCCUUCUGACCUUCUGACAUUAUGCUCAGUCAUCAUCCUAGAACACUGAAAAUGUCUUCUGUGCCCUGGAAAACAUGAGCCAUAAGUUAUGGCACACGGCACAGCUUACUUUCCCAAUUGUGGUUUGCAGAUCAAAUUUUUCCUGCAUAUGGUCACUUAAACGCUAACCAAGUAGUGCUGCCAUUAUUUUAUUCCUAUGACAUGUUCUUUUUCUGAAAAGACACUAAGGACAGGCCCCUUUUAAGAUUGGAUCUACUGUUCUGGCACCUCUGAUCGCUACUCGUUAUUUGUAUGGGUUGCUUCAGACGUGAUGGUCCCACACAGCCAGCAGAAUGUACAGUUCUUUCCCUGUUUGGCUGGUGGAACAACAUCAGUGCCUCUGAAGGAGGAAAAUAAGCAGAGAUGUUGCACAAGCAGUGGAUACACAUCCACAGCGUGUGCAUAACUUCCCUCCAUGAGUUCCCCGGGGGAUGUAAUAAUCCUGUGCUACCAGCCAAGUGAAGUGGCUGGUUGUUCGGGAUCACCCCAUGCAAAGCUUGCCUUGAGCUGGUCUCCGGAAGUCUCUGUGUGCCUGACAGGGAGCGACGCAGAGCUAGUGCUGACUCUGUGGAACUCACAUCUGGUCUGGCGGAGCGAGAGCCGGAUUGCGGCACAGGGAAAGGCACCUUGCAUUUUCCACAGAUACUUCCCAAGGACUGAGCCAGCAGCGCAGCAGCCUUCUGUAUGCAGAAAUAGAAUGCAGUAGAAAUCCGGCCGAAAUCUUCUUGUCAUCACUGGGCACAACACUGCAAACCACUGCAGACAAAACUGGGAUUCCACCUGCCCAAACUAUACGUUGCCAAAUCAUUAGUUGGUUUUUCAGCGAUUGGUUCCUGAAUUGUAGCCACAUUUAUUUGGAAAUAUCGAAGUUCAAUUGGUUAUUCUGCUAACUUUUCCCAAUCAAAUGACUUCAAAAGAUCAAUAAUCCUGUUAAUGUUUACAGUGGUACCUCAGGUUAAGAACUUAAUUCGUUCUGGAGGUCUGUUCUUAACCUGAAACUGUUCUUAACCUGAAGCACCACUUUGGCUUAUGGGGCCUCCUGCUGCCGCUGCGCCGCCGGAGCACGAUUUCUGUUCUCAUCCUGAAGCAAAGUUCUUAACCUGAGGUAAUAUUUUUGGGUUAGCAGAGUCUGUAACCUGAAGUGUAUGUAACCCGAGGUACCACUGUACUGAGAAGUCCCAUUCAGUUCAAUGCUGCUUAUGCCCUUGUAAGUGUGUAUAGGACUUGGAGAUCUAUCCUGAAUUGACGGAGACUAAAUGGGAUUUUCUAUUUCUCCUGGACCUGCCCUACCAUUAGGCAGAAUGAGGUAGCUGUCAUAGGCAGUUGAUUUUGGUGUCCUGAAAAGACAGCAAUUUGCUAGUUACUGAGGGUUGUGCUCAACCAACUUUUACUCAGAGUAGAACCAUUGACAUUAAUGAACCAAAGUUAGCCAUGGUCAUUAAGUUUUACUCGGGGUAAAAGUUCCUAAAAUAUAACCCCAGAUUUAUUGUUACUGUAUUUUUACUGACAUGGAGGAGGAAAGGUGCUUGUGGGAUUUUCUGACUGUGAUCUCAGACUAAUUUUUAUGUACUUCAACUUGAGCCAGAAGGAAAUGGCACCAUUUGAUGCUCUGACUCAGGCAGCAGAGUGUCUUGGGCUGGCCCUGCAAGUCUGCCAUGCAAAUAUAAAACCUUCAUGGGCUAGGGAGUGUUGGCUUUCUUCCACUUUCAAUCCUGCAUUGUUAAUAUUCGAACAUGGAACAAGUGACUUGCAAGAAAUUAAGAUGCUUUUGAAAGUCAUGCUUAAAAACCAUUUAUGCUGCAGUGUGUUGCUACAUAAGAGAUUAAGUCAGGGUGUGACAAGUAUAAAGCAUGAUUUUAUGCCAGCACUGCAGGAACAGCAUGUUAGGAACAUAGCUAACAUCAUAGGUGGGCCAACCUAAACAUUUAGGAUCAGGGUUUGAUAUUUAUUUACAUUCAGUCCUCAGUGGGGAUUAUAAUAUGAAAGCUAAGGUGGAUAUUAUUCCAAGAGUUACUUCCAUGGUGUAUUCACCAUGGCCUUUCCUCACAAUGAUCACAUGCCAUCAGCAGGAUCAAAGGCAGCGUUGCUCUCAUGUCCCACUUGUAGAGCUUCCUAGAGGCAUCUGGUUGGCCACUUUGGGGAACAGGAUGCUGGCCUUUGAUCUGAUCCAGCAGAGUUCUUCUUGUGUUACCCAGGACUUGUGCUCAGGAUCAAACCAUUCAAUGCAAACCAUUCAAUCCCAUGCAUGUUGACUGAAAAAUGCCACCCUGUGUUCAACAGAGCACAUUUCCCAACAAGUAUGCUGUGAAUUGCAGAGUUCGUUCAUUAGUUGCUAAAUCAAAAUAGUGUCACUCAAAAAUUAAAUAAACUAAAGAUCUACACUAAUGCCAUGGCUUUUCACUGUGCAGUGCAACUUCUGAGUCGCCUCCUCUCCACAUAUGUACCCCACGCCCUUCUAAAGCUGCCCAGGAGAGUUGAGGGAAACCCCAGAGCAGAUCUAGGAGGUGUAGAGGGAGAGGAGAGGGUGGGGAAGUCAUAUUGUGCAGCUAAAAGUUGUUGCGUUAGAGUAACUGUUUAGUUGUUGGAUACCAUUCUAAUUUCCCCCAAAGGGGGAUAGGAUUCCUUGUCUCUUUAAAACUGUAUCUCUUUAGAAUCUUCUGAUGACCUACUAGCAGAGCUUUAGGGAUAUUUGCAGUGAAUAGUUUUGUUGAAAAAUAUUUGUGUUUUUAGUAAUUCACCCAAGGAAUGCUUCCUCCUGAAGUAAAUACAGUAUAGCCUAGAGAAAAAAUCAAACUUCAUUUUGACUACUAAAACAAACUUUAAAAUUAUUGAUAAUUUGAAAAGAAAUAUUGCUGACAUAGAGUUAAACAGCUAAGACUUGGAAUAUAUCUUCCCAUAUUAAUUGGCCACAGAGGAAUGUUAUUAAAAACAAAUAAUCCAAAACUUUCUAGCAAUAAUGCUUCUUUUGUUUUCAGUCAUACUUUCAAUCUGAAAUAACACUAUGCUGUGAAAAAAACAAAACACCAUUAAGCCUGGAGGGAAGUCUGAUAAUGGCAUAUUUUAACAUCAGCACCAAGCUAGUUAAUGAAAUCAAGAAGUUAUUACUUGACAGUGGAAUGGCUCUCUCUCGGAUAGAAUGAAGAAAAAGGAAGCCUUUCAAAUACAAGCUUCAUAACUUUCUAUUUAAACACUUGUGGCUUGCAAAUCUACUUUGCAUUCAUAGUCACCCCACGCAACCAGGAUGACCUACAUGUUAAAGCUCCCGCAAAUGGUUUCUGCCUCUUGAUGAAACCCUUCAUGCACAAAACAAUGCUACCCAGGGGCAAAAUUCCAACAUUCACCACAAUGUAAUGUCACCAAUCACUUGUUUUGGGGAAUGAUAUCAGGCACCUUGUCUCUCCCUCUCUUCAUGAGUUAUGAACACUGUCAAGCUGACAGCACCAGCCACCUGUCCCAGCAGAAAAAUCAGUGUGGAAUUAUGUCUACAAAUCCCACUGUUGUAUGUUAGGUGCUCAGGACAGGGGCUACAGUCUUAAUGACCCACAAACAUCUGUUGGGUACAUGAUCAGUGUUUGGGAUGGUAAACUUACUGGUGAAGCACAUGCAUGGUAUGCAGAAGGUCACAGAUCCCAUCUCUUUCUUGAUCUAUAGUAUGAAAAGAAAUAAACUACAUAAACAAAUGUGAAAUUGCUGAGACUCAGUUAAGAAUGCUCAGAACUAGAAUUAUGGGCACUUAGAACUAGACUCAUAUUUAUGAAAGUGGUAGAUUUUCUAGUCUGUGUUUUAGCUCUACUUGCUACCAUAUCUCUUGCAAUCCAUGAUUCAGGUGUGACAAACUCAUGCAUCUCCCUUUAAGAGCACACUAUUUUGACUGUACAGCACGCAAUACUUGAGCAAUUUUUGUUGUUUCUCUGUAGGUAGCAGGCAGUGAAGAUGGGUGACUGGAGUGCUCUGGGAAGGCUCCUUGACAAAGUCCAAGCCUAUUCCACCGCAGGAGGAAAGGUGUGGCUUUCUGUCCUUUUCAUUUUCCGAAUCUUGCUGCUGGGGACAGCUGUGGAGUCUGCUUGGGGAGACGAGCAGUCAGCAUUCCGGUGUAACACCCAGCAGCCUGGUUGCGAAAACGUCUGCUACGACAAGUCAUUUCCCAUCUCCCAUGUGCGCUUCUGGGUCCUGCAGUUCAUUUUUGUGUCCGUGCCAACCCUCAUGUACUUGGCACACGUAUUUUACGUGAUGCGGAAGGAAGAGAAGCUCAACAGGAGAGAAGAAGAGCUCAAGGUGGUUCAAAGUGAAGGGGUCAACGUAGACCUCCACCUCAAACAAAUAGAAAUCAAGAAAUUCAAGUAUGGGAUUGAAGAGCAUGGCAAAGUCAAGAUGCGCGGAGGGCUGCUUCGCACCUACAUCAUCAGCAUCAUCUUCAAAUCUUUCUUUGAGGUCGCAUUCGUGCUCAUACAGUGGUACAUCUAUGGGUUCACCCUGCACGCCAUCUACACGUGUGAGAGAUAUCCAUGCCCACACAAGGUGGAUUGCUUCCUCUCCCGACCCACGGAGAAAACCAUCUUCAUCAUCUUCAUGCUGGUGGUGUCUAUCGUCUCCCUUAGCUUGAACAUCAUUGAGAUUUUCUACGUCACCCUCAAGAGCAUCAAGGAUCGCAUGAAGACAAAAAGCAACCCUUUCUCUCCUAACAGUGGCAUGAGCCCCUCCAAGGAAUGUGGAUCCCCAAAAUAUGCCUACUUCAAUGGCUGCUCCUCUCCAACUGCCCCCUUGUCGCCCAUGUCUCCGCCAGGAUACAAGCUGGUUACUGGAGACAGGAACAAUUCGUCCUCCUGCCGUAACUACAAUAAGCAAGCCAGCGAACAGAACUGGGCAAAUUACAGCGCUGAGCAGAACAGGAUCGGACAGGCUGGGAGCACCAUUUCCAAUUCACAUGCCCAGCCCUUUGAAUUCCCUGAUGAUCCUGAGAACACGAAAAAAAUGGGCUCUGGGCAUGAGCUACAACCUCUCAAGGUGGUAGACCAACGGCCUCCAAGCAGAGCUAGCAGUCGAGCCAGCAGCAGACCUCGACCUGAUGAUCUGGAGAUCUAACCCUCUGUAGCAACAGUAAUACUUAACACAACUAUGAUAUGAAAUGCAUUAGAAGAUGCACAUGUGGUGUUCAUGCAGUUCCAUUGGAGGUGGUACUUUAACAAUCUCAGCCUGGAGAUUUUAACAAACAAAAAACAUUGGGAUUUUUUUUUAAGCGGGAAGCUGGGGUGAUUUGGAGACAUACAGCACAUGUUGGUAUUUAAAGUAGUCAGUUUUUAAAAUUUUAAAUGCUAAUUUUAAUUUUUUUAAAACUUAGUCAACAUUACAGUAGCUGGGUUUGGGUUUGUUUUGUUUUGUUUUGUUUUGUUUUAGAAAAGGUUAUAAAAUGCCUGGAUAUGUGUGUGUAUAAUAUGCUGAUUUUUCUAAAGAGUUUUGUUUUUGUUAUACUAAAAACAAAAGUUAAAUCUGAGAAAAUUCUUUUGGUCAGGAUGAAAUGGAGAUGGUAUUCUUUUAUUGAAUAACUGGCAGUCUUAAGUCAGAUUUUGAUCAUUUUCCUAUAAAGAACAUUCCAUUGUUAAUGUGCACUUUGAAGGAAAAUUUCCUGGUAUAAACUUGUCUGUGUCUAUACAUUCAAUCAUUUAAUUCCUUGGAAUCAAUCCCUCAAUCAAUCUACAUUUCAGUUAAGGCCCACCCACUAUGCUUUGCCCAGUUGUUCCCAGGGUUUCAGACAGAACAAUCUAAUUGAUAGUGUAGGUUGGAAGCCCUGGUCUGCACCAUCAUUGCUUGUUAUCUUACAAUCACAAGCACCUGCCACCCAUUCCCAGGUGUAAAAUGUAAAGCUGGACACUGAAGCCAUUUUUAUUUGUUUAAUUUGUGUUUGUUUAAUGCUGUCUGCUGUCAGCAAACCAAUUUAUGACAGAAUUCUAUUAACGUAAAUGAGAUGUGAAUGGUGAAGAUGGAAUCCCAGCAACUAGACUGUGGUUAAAAUUGAUGGGAACACUUCCACUAAGUUCAACAGCAUUUGGGGUUAGGUCUAGUCACUGCCCCACCAACCCUUUCCAGAGCCCUGAUAUGCACAUAUCCAGUUAAAUUACAACUGCUGUUUAAUAGAGAGAUCUGUGCAUACAUCGGAACCCUUAUAUCUGUGUUUACUUCUGUGUUGUUUUUAAAGACAAGGGUGCCGGGAGUCGAUGAACUCUCAAACUAAUAUGCACACAAAAAUUCUUAAGCAUUUUGGGAUAUUAUGGGUCACUAUGAUGUUUACAUUAAAUAAUUUCAGCAGUUCAAACAAGUCAAAUGUUAGUUUUACGAAUCUUAAUAUUAUUCCCAUGUAUCCUGUAGUGGAUAAUUUACCAUUUUUACAAAAUACGAAUGCCAUCUUAAGAACCAAGCCCUGACAACCUUUGAAAAACUUCCACUUGCAUUCCAAAUAGAAGCAUUGCUUGAAUUGUGAGUAGAACACCGAAAGUCACAUGCUUCAGAAGUUCUCGAUUAUUUUGCUUCAUAAAAGAAAUUAAGGAAGAAGAAACCUGCUAGGUUACUGAGUCCAUUUCUCUGACUUGUUUUAACUUAUGCUUGAAUAACAGAGAUGAUAGUACUGGGGGGGGGGAGGGGGAGUGUUAGCCUGCCAAUAAUGUGAGAGACUUGGGUACAAUUUACACAUCCAUGUAAAUCACACAGUAACUGCAGUUACCACAUGAUAGUUUAGGGUUACGCAUCAUAGAUCCCAUCAUUGAUGGAACAAAGGAAUGUGAAAGAAAGCACUUGAUAACUGCAACCUCAGUGGAUUGUGUGAAUGGACCCUUAUACAAACGGCUUUGAGCUGUACUAAUAAUAUGAUGCCUACAUCUGUUUUUAUAGAAACAAGCAUAUCUUGCUUGUCAUUCACUUACAAAUCAGUUUAACUAUAACAUGGUUCAGUUCAAUUUUGAUAGUUCAUUCCUUCUCAGUGACAGCUUUGAUAUUUGCACAUAAUUUUUUUUUGUUUGGGGUGUAAGUGAGGCUGAAAGAGUACAAUUCUAAUUUAUUUGAAAUAUAUGCUAAGGAAAUAUAUCAGUUUUUAUUUUCUUUUUCAACCGCAGUGCCUUAUACUUCAACACAGUUCCACAAGGAACAUAGCCUUGGUUUCAUUGUGUACCAGUACAGAGUUUUGGGUUAAUAUGCUAGGUUUUUACUAAGUUGUGUGACAUUCCAUGUUAAAACCAUUGCCAAGCUCAUUGAUUGCAUGUAUGCCGCCAUAGUUCAUCAAAUCACCUUGUCUGGAGAGCAAACCUUAGUCAAUAAAGUUUAAUUUAGUAUAAAUAAAA